AUGAACAGUCCCUUUUUUAAAAAAAAAUGUAGGUUAAUAAAUAUUUUUAAAUUACAUUUUGCAAAUUUCAAUUCCAGUUAUAAAUUAAGUGAAAUUAAAAAAGAAUAUGGAGCUUUUGAGAAAUUAUUAUUUUUGGGAAAUUAUGAAGUUGAAAAGUAUAUGAAUAAAGAAUUAAUUAAAAAAUAUAAAGAAUGCAUAAAAAAUGAUUAUAAUAAAUUAAAAAAUAUGUUAUAUGAGAAAGAAUGUAAGAGUGUUUAUGAAAAAUACUUAUAUGAUUGUGUAAGAAAUAAUGAUUAUGAGGAUUUAAUAAUAGGAGAUGUUAUUUAUGAGAAUAAAAAAAAAAUAUUAUGCAUAGGAGAAGCGAAUUUAUCAUUUAGUGCACUUUUACAAAAAAAUUUAAACAUAUGUAGUGUCGUUGCUACCUCAAUGGAAGAUAAAUUAAAAUUAAUAAAAAACUAUGGAAAUAUUUUUACAAAAAAUUUAAAGGUAUUAGAACAAUGUGGGGGGAUUUAUAUAUCUAAUAUUAAUGUUGAAACAAUUGAUAAACAUUUUUUAAAAAAUACUUUUGAUAUUAUAGUGUUUAAUUUUCCUUUUGUACUACCAACAAAAGAGCUUAUUGAGAAAAAAUGGAAAGUCAAAUUGGAUAAAGAAGAUAAUAAUUAUAUUAAAUAUUAUAAAAAAGCUGAAUAUUUUCUUUUCAAUAAGUUAUUUUAUUAUUUAUUUAAAAAUUCUUCUAUUUUAUUAAAAGAAAAAGGUUAUUUGCACUUACGAAUUAAUGAUAAAUAUUUAACAUGUAAAUUUCCAAAUGAUUUUUCAAUGUCUUUUGUUCAAAAAAUUGAUUUUUAUAAUUCUUUUAUGAUUUAUAAAUUAUUAAAAUAUGUUCCAUCAAUUUAUGAUUCUAGUUUCACAAAUUCAAAUAUUAAUAACUUAAAAAAAAAUAAAAAUGUUAUUUAUACACCUAAUGGAAAAAUUUUCAAAAGUUUUAAAAUGAAACAUACAUCAACAUUAAUUUUUCAAAAAAUUUAA